AUGCGAUUUCAAUAUUACGCUGCCUUCGUUGGCAUUUCAUCACUAUGUCUGGCAGCCAAAUUCGACCCCAUCACCAAACCGACAAAGGGUGAAACCCUCACAGCCGGCAAGUCCUACACUAUCAAGUGGAAUACCGAAUCAUCCACCGACACCGACUCAGUGAACCUUCUGCUCGAGAGUGGCAACAGCACCGAAAACACAGAAUUCGUGGCGUGUAUUAGCACCGACACAAGUAAUCGCAAGGGUCACUUCAAAUGGAAUGUUAGCACUCUGCUGUCUCACGAAGAGACAUACUAUAUCAAGAUUGGAUCUAUCGACAAUGCCAAUACUUUCAGUUACUCUCCCCCCUUCAAGAUUGAAGGUGGCUCUUUGGCCUCAACGAACGCGACGGGGUCGAGUGGGCUCCCUACUUUGACGCCGAGUGCAUCGUCGACUACGUCUGCCUCUACCUCUGCGACAGACUCGCCGACCUCUUCGACCUCAUCUUCUGGAGACGUUGCAGCUACAUCCGUUGUACCGGCUCCCUUGGCUUUUGUUGGUGCUGCGAUAAUCGGCGUUUGGGUUCUCUGA